AUGGAGUGGACCAAGGCUACAUACAACGAGCAGUACGAGAAGUGGGUUCCUUGGCUCGAGGAUACCUACCUUCGAUGGUUCACAAAAGACAACAAGGCUAGUUAUGCCACCAAGCAAAACCUCGACAAGACCAAAGUCACUGGCAUCGAGCAGAUCGACAACCUCCAAGAUGGCGUCAACAACCUCGCCGGUGGCCAAGUCGGCCAGGGCGGUCUUCUGCAGCCCGUCGGCGACCUGGCGUCCAAGGAGGGCAUCAACAGAACCGAGCGACAGGGCAAGGGCAACGAUGGUGGCUACGUCAACAAGGAUACGCCCGGUGCUGGUGCGCUGAACAGCACGGCGAACGCUGUUGUUGGUGGUGGAAAGGGCGCCGCUGAAGGUCUCCAAGGAGUAGGCCAGGGUGUAGGAAACACUGUUGGCGGACUGCUUGGCGGUAGCAAGAAGCAGUAA